CUUCAGGCAGUGGGGCCAAAUGUGUCUUGGCCUCCCUUUGUGGAUUGUGGCCCUCUUCCCAGGCCAUAACCCAUAUCUGCAGGCUGUGCCCCUUGGUGAACCUGCUCUGUGGUCUCUCCAAGUGUUUUUGCCUGCCCUGAAUAUGCCUCUUGCAUACCUGGAUGGAGAGAUGUGCACUGACUGGGACUGGGAGCCAGGUGGCGCCCAGAUUGUUGUCCUUGAGUUGAAAAAGUUUCCCACCCUGGCAGAGCCCUGAGAAUGAGUGAUUGUAGCUGCCAGGAGUCCCACUGCUAGGAGAAGCGAACGAUAGACAGUUUCAAGGCCCAGUCCAUCACACCAGCACCUGUCCCUAUCGGGUAUUUGUCCACAACUGCACCUUUUUUAAUUAAAGAGGAAAAAAAAGCAGAUGAGACUGCUUCACACCGGGUGUUGAGGGGAAGCACAAGGAAGGGAAGAUGAAUUUCUCUGUGAGGUCAUUAAGUGUAUUGUCAAAGGACUUUGUCCUCAAAACCAAACUCCUCAGUUGAAUGGGGUCUCGAGGAGAGAGACAGAGAUGCUUCUUACUGAAGCGGAGCUGAUUUAUUAACUCCAUGCGGUGGUUAGCAAAGCCCACUCCUGCCAAGGGUGUUGGUAAUUCUUUGCCAGUCCAUAUGGGACUGCCUGGCACUGCAAUUUUGCUCAAGGUAAGAAAAAUGAUCACAGACCAUGUCUUGUUUUUUAAAAAGGGGGAAAUGACAACAGGGAGUUGUAAUCCAGCGGCAGUGGGACAGGCCACAGGCUGGCUUUUGGCUACAGUCUGGAGCGACAUGCUAUCAAAAGUGGGCAAGAUUCCUGUGCUAACAGGGCCUAAGAGACAAAAGCAGGCAAGAUUCCUGUGCUAGCCAAGCCUAGAGACAAUCCGUUGCAGAUUUCAGCAGUUAUAAUGUCUCUAAUUUCUUGUGAUGGGGUUUUUUUUUUAGUUCCAUGUAAGCCUGGCUGGAUGUCUGUAUUAAGCCCUUGGCUCAGCUUCCGAAGCUAAAGCAUUUAUUUCUCCUUAUCUUGUCGGGCCUCAGCUAAAUCACCUUCAGUACUUAAGGACAGAAGCUGCAAAGUGUUGCGUUGCCUCCACUCUGGGUGGACUGAAUUCCCUCACUGUGGCUUGUAUCUUUUGCCCUCUGCCCAUUUGUAGGGCCCCCUUUGGCAGGUGACCCAGUCUUUUUUAAUUAAAGUUAAUAAAUUCCUCAGGGAGACCUCCUAAGACCUCUCAGUCCUGAGGGGAAUGCCCAGGUCAGCCAUUUUUGGACCAUGUCCCAGCUAACCUUGUGCUUGUGUGUUAAACUAAAUAAAAACAUUCUUCCCAUCUGACAUGCUGAGUUUCCAGGCAGAAACGCAGAAUGGUGCCACCCCACCCCACGGGGGAAUUGUAGGUGGGAGUUAAUGUGGUUUGUCAGCGGCUGGAUUCUGUAGGAGCAGAACUUCUCAGGCCUCUUAAGGCUCAACCUUUUGCAGAAACAAGACGCUGGAAACGCUUGAAUUUCACCCUAAACCAUUGGCCAUCCCAGCCUUCCCUGACCUGGUGUCCUCCAGAUGCUUUGAACUACAAAUCCCAUCAUCGGGAGCUCCAAAGUAGAGGUGCUGCCACACAGAAAGAUGAUGGAAUUGCAGAACAGUAGAGUUGGAAGGAACCAAAAGUGCCAUCUAGUCCAACCCCCUGCAAUGGAGGAAUCGCAGCUAAGGACCGAUGGAUUGCUAGUGUGGAAUAAACAUGUGGUAGCAGUAAAACGGCCAGUUCCACAAACUGAAGUGGUCAAGUGGUUGAUCCUUCAAAUAAUGGGUACCCUCCAAAUGAAACUGCCUCUGAUGGGAUAAAGCAGUUGACUGCCUUGGAGUGCUGAAGUUUAAUAAGUGACUUCUCAGCGGUUUUUCUACCCUACUAAGCUGCUCCCCCUCCGCCUGCCCCCACUAACCUGCUGAGGCAGCACCUUGUCAGCUGGGUCUUGCACUUUUUCACUACUUCACCCCUCCCGCCAGGGUUUCCUGCUGGCCCCAAAGGCUGUGGGAUAGGCAACAGGUGUUACACUGCCCUCGGACAGAGCUGGCGGCAUGCGGACCUGCGGGCCUCGCUUGCUGCACCGUAGGCUGGCUGCCCUCUGGACUCCCCAAGCGGCUUCUCCGAAAUCUACAUCUCCCCAGCCAGCCCCCCAAGCUGCUGCAAAGGACCCCAUGCCUGCCCAUCUUUCCCUGGACUUGGACGAUGGGAAGGUAUUCCACCUGAAGAGCAACUGGGAGAUCACUCGGGGGCUGCUGGUGUUCCGGCUCUGCUCCUCCCCAUGGCUGGUUCGGAAAGCACCCACGGUCCUUUCCGUCUCCCGGCGCGUUCUGGGCCACCGACUCUGGACCUCUGUGCUCCGUCUUACGCUGUAUGGACAGUUUGUUGCUGGCGAAACCCACACAGAGGUCAAGGAAACACUGCGACGGCUCCAGAACUUGGGGAUCCGUCCUCUCCUUGCCGUCCCCAUAGAGGAAGAUGUGGGGCAGGCAAAGGAAGGGGAAGACUGGUAUGACAAGAAUGCCCAAUCUAUGCUUACCUGCCUGGAUCUGUCUGCGGUUGGUGCCGUCAAUCCCAUGAUGCAACUGAAGGUGACAGCGCUGAUGGCAGCUGCGCUCUGCAAGACCAUCGCCCUGCGUUUGCAAGAGCAGGAGACGAAGUCGGACCUGAGCAUCGAGAGAGUGGUGACUGCCAUGAAAGGGGAGGAGCUGAACUUUGGCUGCCUGACCCAGGAAGAGAACCACCAUUUCAAGAAAUCGUUGAGGCGGCUCAAUUCCGUAGCGCAGUAUGCUGUGGGAAAAGGAGUCCGUGUCCUGGUGGAUGCAGAAUACACCUACAUUAACCCCGCCCUGACGCUUGUCACCAUGGCAAUGAUGGCUGUCUGGAACACCCAAAAUCCAUGGAUCUGGAACACAUACCAGGCAUACCUCAAGGACACCUUGGAGCGGUUGAAACAGGAUGUCGCCCUCACCGAGCGCUUGGGUGUCUGUUUCGGGAUGAAGUUGGUCCGGGGGGCUUACCUGGAGAAGGAGCGGAAACUGGCAAAGGAAAAAGGAUACCCUGAUCCUGUGCAGCCCAGUUGGGAGGCUACCAACGAAAGUUACCAGCGCUGUUUGGAUUUUGGUUUGGAUCAAGUGUCCCGAGCCAGGGGAAGGUUUGAGAUGAUCGUGGCCACACACAACGAGGCGUCCGUGAUGCACACUGUUCAAAGGAUGGCAGAGAUGGGCAUUGACAAGGGUGCUGGACCGGUCAGCUUUGGGCAGCUGCUGGGCAUGUGUGAUCAGGUUUCCUUGGCGCUAGGCCAGGCCGGUUAUGCCAUCUACAAAUCUAUCCCUUUUGGCUCUGUGGAAGAAGUGAUCCCCUACUUGAUCCGCCGAGCUCAUGAGAACCAAAGCGUCUUACUUGGGAUCCGGAAGGAGCGAGAUCUGCUGCAAUUGGAGCUUCGGAAACGGGUUCUGAGGCGGCCUUGAGGAAAUCUAAAUAUCCCAAAGAACUACCCCACCUCCCAAUGCUUAUUCAUGGAACCAGGGCCCUGCAUUGCAAUGUCUCCAGCUCACUUCCCUCACGAUCUUCAUGAGGGAAUAAACCGCCCUCUUGAGUUACCUGGUUUCCAGCAUCCCAAAGCCCUAGCUAGACUCAUGGGUUGGGGCUUAGUGAUGUGACAGGCUUUAAUGUUGUCAACCUUGUGAUAUCAUGGAGCCGCUAACUCUAGAAAGACACAGUGUACUGUAUCUGAAGAAGUGUGCAUGCACACGAAAGCUCAUACCAAAAUAAAAACUUAGUUGGUCUUUAAGGUGCUACUGAAGGAAUUUUUCUAGAAAGACAAAAACUGACCCCUGCCAAAUAUAUGAGACAGGGGAAAGAGCUAGAAAUGUGAGGCCUGGGAAGGGGGUAGAAUCAGGGGGGGAAAUGUUGAAGUUUUUAUUUUGAAGAUCUCAGUGGUGUGUGUGUGUGUGUGAAAGUUUAGGAAAACACACUGACAAACAAAACUCUUAUGCAAUGCUUUCUCUUUCAGAAUAAUGGGUGGUUUAAUUUUUUAUAACCAAUUACACAAUUGCAAAGCUCCUGGAUUCAAGAUUGGUAAUUUGAGCAUGGCUGGUGGCCUUGAGAUCUAACCUUGCUGCCCUCAGACCUUCAGCACGGAUCCCAAAAUCCGAGGGUGUCUUCAGCUCCCACUUACUGUGUUGUUUGCUGCAUUGUCAGAGCGGGGUUUUUAAUCCAUUUUCCCAUGAUGUUAUCCCAAAUGCAUAAGUAUCCCGUCCUUUGUUACAAAGCACUACUGCUUGAAAUGUUGUUUCUCAAACCAGCUUUACACCAACUGGAGUCCUUUAGCCAUUCAGAUUCGCUUCUGUUCAUGUACACACCAGGGGGUGUUGAUGGGACAGGGAACAUAAGAAAAGCCCUUCUGGCCAAUGGCCUAUCACCCUGCACCCAGGAUCCUGUUCUCAAAGUGGCCAACCAUAGAUGCCUGUGGGAAGAACCCAAUCUGGAUAUGAGCACAAGCCUUUUUGCUAUGCAAAGGCGUUCAUACCCCAAACCACCUGCCCACCCCAAAAUGUGCUAAAGAAAUUCCACACAAGCAAUAACUGGGAUAUUUUUACUAAUCAGAUUAUCUGUGUUAAUGGGGAAUCCCGAUUAGAUGUUU